UGUGUGCUGAUCAGCUGACGGUGAGUCUCGUGAGGAGGAUCCAGGAGCACACGCCCGUCACACACAGCUUACCUGUCAGCUACAGGCUGCUGUCCGUCUCUCAGCUGCUGUCCCAGCAGCACCUGGCCUGCGUCAGUAACCUGUCCUGGAGCACCAGUCAGCAGAGAGCGUGGGCCAGGGAGGCGGAGCUUUCUCUGCCAAGUCACCGCGCCCUGCCCCGGGUCAACCUGCUGCUGAUUGGCUGUCUGAAAGAGGGGCGGGGCGGAGACUGGAGGCUGACGGACGCCAGCGGCAGCAUCAAGUUUGAGUGCCUGUCUCUGUCUCCUCUGUGGCUGAAUUGUCCUGUCUUCCUCCCUCACUGGAACUACAUCCCCCAUGAUGCCUCAGGGCAGGACCAGGAUGAGGCCGAAGGCUGCCUGGAGCUGAUUGGCUCUCCUGUCCUGCUGUGCUCCAGCCCUGAGCAGGGAUUGGGUGUUGUUCCUGGAGGAGGGGCGGGACUUAGCAGAGAAGUGGGAGUCAGAGAGGCUGCUGCUUUACUGACUGAUAGGACUCGAGGACAGCGUGUCUCCGUCCAUGGUCAGAUGGGUUCAGUGUGCCCUCUGCUGGUCGUGGCAGGAACGUCCUUCUUCAUCUUCUCGCUGACAGACGAGUCCCUCAGUCUACCUGUCCUCGUCAAGGACAGCAGCAGGUUGUGGUGGACGCGUUGUGUGUGUGUCGGGCAGAGAGUGUGUGUGACGGAUCUGCGUGUGUGUGUCCUGCGAGGCUGGAAAGGAAACAACAUCCUGUGUGCGACUGACCGCUCUGAAAUACACACAAACUACACACACACACCUGCAGACGACACACACACCUGCUCACCCACAGACCCGCCACCUCCACUGAUGAUGUCACACAGCGACGAUGAUGACGACUGUGAGGAGGCGGAGCCAGAGAGAGAAGCUGUCCAAUCAGCUGUCAGGAUGAAAAAGUCCAGAGUCAUCAGUUACCAGGGCACCAUCACCCAGGUGAUCAGCCAGGGGGCGGGGCUAUACCUGAUGGACGGGAAGGUCGGGCUGUGCGUGGCCUAUCAUCCGCCUCAGAGAAGGACACUGAGGGUGGGAGACUCUGUGGAGCUCCAUCAUGUCCACUUCCUGUACCGGCCCUGUCCUGACUUCCCUCCCAGCAUGCUUUGCACCUGUCUCCGCUCCAGUCUCAGGGUCACGACCUUCAGCAGGGUCGGCGGCUCAUCACGUGACUCCAGCUGUCCUGGGGACGGAGCGUUACCACGGUUACUGCUGGAGACAAACAUGGGCGUGUCCGAGUACCUGUGGACGUGUCAACUGAGCUCCCAACUCAAACACAGUCUUGUCCCCAGUGUGCUGAGGCAGCAGUGUGUGUGUUUGUUGUCCUGGAAGUUGAUGGAGUGUGUGUGGAGACAAAGACGAGGACAAGGAAGGAGAGACAUCUACUCAGAGAUGUUGGACAAGCCUCACACCUGUCCUCUGACACAG